UUUUUACUUGCUGAAAAAUCCGAGUUUAUUCUCGUCCGUAACUUUACGAUGUGUCUACCCGUGGUCACUUUGUGAAUACGCAACGCCUCUCACAUCUGGGCAGAUGCCAGCUAAAUCGAGUGUUUCAACAAUCAGGCUACAUCCCCGUUUUUAAUAUUAAGUCUUUGAGCCAAGGGGGCUAUUUCAGUCUGAGCGACAAGAAGCCAGCAGCAGGUGCUUGCCAGAGCCAGAGUGGCACUACGUUGUGGUUGCGGACCGAAGAGAGAGAUAUUGUUCAUCACAGCUGAGGUACUGUAUCGAGAGGGACACAUGUUUUCGCUUUCAUCGGCUAAGGGGUCCAUUGUGGGAAGAGUCUGGUUGGACGAACACGGUGUUGGGACGACACUAGGCUGAGCGAGCCGUUCAGGGUCUGUUCGUGGUGCUGAAACCGUCGGGCGCUAAUUCUGCAGUGAUGCAAGGAUGGGAGGCCGUACAAGAUAAGGCGAUGUAUUACUUCCGUUCUUCUAACAGUUGAUCGAAAAGAAAUGCGGGCACUAUAUAUCUACAGGAAUCUUCAAUUGUGAGCCCAGAAGGCACUACACCUGGAGCGACCUUUGUUAAGCAUUUUAUAUUGGAGGCAUACGGACAAGAGUCUACAAUUGUCGCAACCCGCAUUUAAAGACAACAUAAGCUCAUUGUGAUUUAAUUCAUUUUUGUUAAAAAAAUGUCCAUUUGUAUCAUUACUCGAGAAAAAUAACACCACGCUAGCACUGGCAGCAUGCAGAAUUAAGAUCGUGUACGGAAUUUACAAAGCGGUAGAGGAAUGAGCGCAGAAGCAGCUUGGCACGCAGCACCGCGGCCACAGAGACCGCGCAGGUCCCAUUCAGUGCCUCAUCGGCUGUUUUCAUUUGGCAAGUAAACCCUCGUUUAACUUCUUCUCCAGAAUGAUACACUUGUGCAAGACUGUGACCCCCGAACGGCCCGGAGAACAGCAGAAUAACUUAAGUGACCUGUCUGUUUGGUUGGGAUUGCGGCACAGACGCUAGUGAUUAACGCGUACAUCUGCACGGCGCUUCACCUGCAGCGUUUCUGGACACCUGCAUGUGCUGCGGACAAGACAUCUUCAGAACCUGCUCAGUCCCUCCGGCCCCUUCGAGCCCAGUGCCGCAAAUGUGACGAGCAAAACCCGCCUUACGAUAAGUCUCGUUCAUCAAAGCGGACUGCUGGACUAAAGAACAUGGCUUGUCUGCCCAUUUACUUGAACUCCGCUGUCUUCAUGCUAUUUGGCUGGGACGCCUGGUUUGUCACCGCAAAUCGACCCCGGUCCCCUGUCAAUGUGACUGUCACUCAGCUGAAAGCCGACUCUGCCACGGUGUCAUGGGACAUACCUGAGGGGGAUGUCAUUAUCGGCUACGCUAUCUCACAACAGAGACAAGACGGUCAGAUGCAGAGGUUCAUCCGAGAAGUAAACACAACAAAUCGAGCUUGUGUCCUGUGGGAUCUCGAGGAAGACACUGAUUACAUCAUCCAGGUUCAGUCCAUUGGGUUCCAUGGAGAGAGCCAAGCUAGCAAGCGGGUUCAUUUUCGAACUUUAAAGGAGACGGACCGGUUCCCUUCCAACAGCUCCAACCAAGAUGAUCCAACAGUGCAGGGCCUCAACAAAUAUCGGCAGCUGCAGACUGGAGAGUUGAUGAUCAUUGUGGUGGUCCUCGUCAUGUGGGCAGCUGUGAUUGCUCUAUUUUGUCGGCAGUACGACAUCAUAAAGGACAAUGACUCAAACAACAACAAGGAAAAAGCCAAACCCUCCUCUGAACACAGCACUCCUGAAAGGCCAUCUGGAGGCAUCCUACGCAGCAAGUUUCAAAAAACUCCAUCAAUCAAUAUAAUUGAAGUGUGACGGCACGAGGCUAAGCGAUCCUAAAGAGCAAGUCAAGAAGCCAAGCCAUCUCCUGCAGUUUGUCAACCCUUGGGACUCCUAUGAGGGAGAGGACCGACUCGGACUCUGAGCUUUUUUUUUUCCCCCUCCUUUUCAAAAUGCAUGUGUCCCCUUCCAAGCCAUUUGACUCUCGAAUAAA